AUGAAGAAGCAAGGGAAAGGUGCCAUUUCAGGUGGAGGAGAUCAUGAAAUGAUGUUGAAGGCUACUAAUCCAACUACAACAGCUAAGAAGAAAAAUGGAAAGACGAGAUCAAUCAGCAAGAAGCUGCUGAAGGGGAAAGAUGGCGGGAACGGGAAGUUGAAUAUUAAUCUUCAAGUUAAAGAGCAAAUAUUGGAGACCACCCAAAAUGGUUGUACUGCUACUGAUGGGAAAUUCUCAGAGAAGAUUGUGGAGGAGCUGGAGGUUUCGGUGGCCGGACAAUUGAAUCACGGCGUGUGGGAAGAUGAUGACGAGUACUGGCGGUGCUGCUGCGUGUUCGGAGCUGUGUUUGAACAAAUGUUAUGGGGGAGUAGUUGUUGGUGGUCUUCAUCUUGGGACUUUGAGCUCAUGAAACUUGUUGAUGGUUUUCAUCAUCACAAUGCUUUCUGUUGUGAUGUUUUCUGGGAUGAUUGCAUUUGGGAUUUGAACGAAUUUAAGGAUAGCUUGGACUCUCCUUGA